UGCAGGCUUCUUGGGAGGGGAGGGCGGAGCCCCCCGCAGAAUGUGCGGGUUUCGGGACUCGGACACCUCCUAGAAAGGCUCGCUAGUCCCUCCGAAGCCCCAAGGCUCGGAUCUGACCCUCGGCCGGCCACUACCACUGGCUCUACAAGACGAGUUCGGAGUCGCUUGCCGAGCCUGAAAGAGCGCUGGGGACGCUCGGGACAGAAGCGAAAUUUAGAGGCCGAAGUACAGAAAACCAGACCUGUCCCCCGCGCUCCAGAGUCCCCGAUAUGGACCUUCUUCAGUUCCUGGCGGCCGUCUCUGUCCUGCUGUUGUCUGGCACAGAAGUCACAGGCACCCUGAAGAGCACUCUGGACCCGAGCCUCAAGAUUUACAAGAAGAUGUUUGAGGUGAAGCGGCGAGAGCAGCUGUCAGCGCUGAAGAACCUGGCACAGCUGAAUGACAUCCACCAGCAGUACAAGAUCCUCGAUGUCAUGCUUAAGGGACUCUUUAAGGUGCUGGAGGACUCCCGGACAGUGCUCAUUGCUGCCGAUGUGCUUCCAGAUGGGCCCUUCCCCCAGGAUGAGAAGCUGAAGGACGCUUUCUCCCACGUGGUGGAGAACACAGCCUUCUUUGGUGAUGUCGUGCUGCGCUUCCCAAAGAUUGUACACCACUACUUUGACCAUAAUUCCAACUGGAACCUCCUCAUCCGCUGGGGCAUCAGCUUCUGCAAUCAGACAGGUGUCUUUGACCAUGGGCCCCACUCACCCAUCCUCAACCUGAUGUCCCAGGAGCUGGGGAUCAGUAAGAAAGAUUCCAACUUCCAGAACCCAUUUAAAAUAGUGCGGACAGAGUUUAUUCCCAGCACUGAUCCCUUCCAGAAGGCUUUGAGGGAAGAAGAAAAACGCCGCAAGAAGGAAGAGAAGCGGAAAGAGAUUCGGAAAGGCCCAAGGAUUUCAAGAUCCCAGUCUGAGUUGUAGCCCUGGAGCAGCUUGGGGCCUGAGGGAUCAGCUGCGGCCAGUCAGAAAAGGCUGCAGCUGUGUGGCUGUGGUAUACACCAUCAAGCACCUUGAUGAGCUCCAGCCACUUCCAGAUGGGAACUCUGUUUGCUGGGUCCUCAGAAGCCAGGUUUGAGGCCUGGCCAAAAGGACUGAGCUUCCAGGAUCUUACAACACACCAAGGAGGCCUUGAGAGGACACUGUCUAGUAGACAGGAUCAUGCAGGGAGGCUGCUGCGGGAGGCUGGCUGAAGGAACUUCCGGCCUGGAUCCCCUCGAUGAGGGCACGCUGCAGGCCACUGCUGCCCUUCGUAAGGAAGCAGCAGAACCAGGCUCUGAGUUACAAGUGAAGGUGCUAUGCUUGCGGCCAAUGUCACUGUUCCUGGGCUGCCUCUCAUUGGUCCAGCUCUCUGCAGAGCAAUACUACAAGCUAGCAAAUUCACUGGCCUCCCCGAGACUGGUGAGGAGACUGUACCGGUAGCAGGAGCUUCUGCCUCAUCAAGAGGGAGUCCCUGGCCUCUGCAGUACAGAGAAGCAAGAGCUAGGUUUAGGUCCCUCCCUCCCUCAUUGCGCCAGCUUGGAGAGGGGACUCAGAAGUGUCCUGGGAGGGUGUUUAUUUCAAGGAGAUCUUAAAAGAACAUGAUCUCUAUUCUCAGAUAACUGGGGACAGUCAUUGAGUUGGUUCAGGGGACAAUCAACUUUUUCUCUCUGCUGCUAAAAGAUACUGCCUGUGUGUGAGGAGAGGCUAUAGGGGACAGGCUGCGGGAGGCUGUGCUUUGUGAUGGGGUACUGUAGCUGGAUUGAUCAGACGGUGGGCUUCCAAGCUCAGGGUCAGAGUCCUGUGGCUACAGAGCAGGAAGCUAUGGAGGGAGGGAGGCCUUCAGAAGGCACCUGGUUUCUGUGAGUUUCCAGGCAGGUGGCUGCCUUGGCUCUAUUGAAAUUACAGCUCCACCUCUUUGAUCUUGCCAAGCCAAAUGUAGACACCCCAGCCCUACCUCUACCUUCAAGCAGGUGCGGAUAACAGUGCCCAAUUGAGACCUGAGUCUCAGCCUGGCUGACCCGGCCUGCUGUUCCCUUCCCUGUGCUGUGCCUUCAUUGGUAAAAUAAAUUUGGUGUCUGAAUCCUCUGACAAGCUCUAAA